ACAAAGCCAAGCGCCCUCCCUCUGGCGUCCCAGACAGCGGAGGGAGCCGCCGCCGCUGCAGGGUUCGCCGCGGGGAUGCAGAGCGCGGUCGCCGCCGCUGUCCUCUGCGCGCUGCUCCGCUGAAGGCGCACAGGACUCAAUUACUGGAAUUGUCAACUCUGCCAAUUUAUGUACACAUUUCUCUUCCAUGAUGAGCAGACCAGUUUUACUGCACAUUUGUCUGGCUUUCUGUGGCCUUUUACUUCUCGAUGUUGCCACACGAUGCCUGGCUUUCCCCAAAAUGGGAAGAAGGGAGCUAGCACCUGUUCCUGCAGAAAAAGGGCAGUCUGAGAGGCUGAACACAGAUGACCUAGAAAAUAACUCCAUUACUUCAAAGUACACUCUGGUCUCUGAAGAUCCAAUGAUAGUGUCAGUGGGACCAUCAACACCACCAGUAAAUAAAGUAUUCCUUAGUAACAAAGAAACUCCUUCUAUAGGAGCUGGGCUCACACAGCCUAGUAGCCCUGGCACUUACACUGCUACUGAGCCAGUGGUCCCAGUGGGGGAAGAAGUAUUUGUUUCCAGCCAGCCAGAAAGAAUGUCUCCCCAAAGCCUACUGUCUACGCCCAUGCUAACCAACCUUAUCACUCCAACUGCUUCUCUGAAUACUGAUGAGAAGGAGGAACCGUUCAGUAGUACCAUCAUUCAGCCUGUUGUGGAAGGGGCCACCAAAGCAACACACGAUUUUCUGAACUAUGUGGAUGAUCAGUUGUUUGCAGCUGAAAGUCAGGGAGGAUUUAGUCUGGGACAUUCCCCUUCAUCCCAUGUGAAUACUAAAGAAAUGCUAAGCACCAGUCCAAGGACUGAGGCAUUUGAAUCAGACCCAGAACAGAAGACAACUUCCUUUCCUGAUGCCAAGCCCACAGCAGGCACUGAGUCUUCCCAGAUGACAGCUGAUAACACCCAGGCUACAGCCACCAAGCCCUGGCCCCUGAUCUCUGAGUAUAACCUGGGUGUUGAACUAGAAACUGACAGCGUGCUGGGAGCUCCCAAAGUCACAGCGAGUGUCAGCACAUCUAUUCCAGCUGCCUCCGUUGUAGCUGAUGAGUGGGAUGACACCAAAUUGGAGACUGUAAGCCAAAUAAAGACCCCAAAGCUUGGAGAUGAUCCAGAUCCCCAGGUGAGAAUGGAGACGCCUCAGACAGCCCAAGUAAUGGAUGACGUCAUGGACGGCAUGGAAGGAGUGGAAACUUUGACAGAGGCUGCAGAUGUGACUCUGAGGCUGCCUGAAGGGGAAACGCACAUGGGGACAACCCUGCUAAUGGCACGUGGGGAUGAGAGGUCAUCUGCUUUCACUGAUCCUAGUUCCUUUACUCCCACGAGUUCAGUUGAAGACACGAAGGUCUCAGUCGUCAACCUGGUCCAAAAUACUGCAGACUUUAUGGACUCCACCAAGGAAGACAAUGCCAUGUUCUUUGAGACCACUGUUUCCAUCUCAGAAUAUGAGUCUGAGGUAUAUCAACCAUUGGGAAAUACAUUUAAAGACAUCAUCACUCAAGAAAUGACAACAGCUGUUCAAGAAGCAGAGGCCACUUUGUCUUCAGUGGUGCACGAGCAGCAGGUUUCCACCCUCGAGGUGGCCAGAGAAGAUGUGGAGGCUGAGGAAGGGAAGGAGUUACCCUCUCCUGCAGCUGCUGUUCCCGGUGUCACUCAGCUGCCGAGAAGAUGGGAGCCAGCUGUGCCUACAUCUUUCGAAGUUACUCCUGCUGUGGAAGACGUAAUGGACACAGUCACAGGGCCGAGUGAGCAGUUGUUCACACCAAUUUUGGGUUCUCCAGUGACGCCCCCUGGGAUAACAGAGGAGGCACCCAGCAGUUCCCCAGCGCUUGCCGACUCUGAGGCAUCUUCUGAGAGGAGAACUGCAGCUCCAGCUAUUAGUUAUGUUAAUACAGCUGCCUCAUAUGGCCUGGACCAACUCGAAUCUGAAGAGGGAGAAGAAGAUGAGGAUGAAGAGGAUGAAGAGGAGGAAGAUGAAGAGGAGGAAGACGAAGAGGAAGAUGAGGAAGAUAAAGAUGCAGACUCCCUGGACGAGGGCCUGGGUGGUGACACCGAGCCACCCGGGUUCACCCUUCCUGGCCUCAUGUCUCAGGAACCUGGCUCUGAGCAGGGCAAUGUGGUCCCUUUGGAGGGGGCCACCUACCAGGUGCCAGACGCCAUCGAGUGGGAACAGCAGAAUCAGGGCCUGGUGAGAAGCUGGAUGGAAAAACUGAAAGACAAGGCUGGCUAUAUGUCUGGGAUGCUGGUGCCCGUAGGGGUAGGGAUAGCUGGAGCCUUAUUCAUCUUGGGAGCGCUCUACAGCAUUAAGGUUAUGAAUCGCCGCAGGAGAAAUGGCUUCAAACGGCAUAAAAGAAAGCAGAGAGAAUUCAACAGCAUGCAAGAUCGAGUAAUGCUCUUAGCCGACAGCUCUGAAGAUGAAUUUUGAAUUGGACUGGAGUUUAAUUGGGAGAUUCAACGAUGUCAUUAUUUUAUUUCUUAUUUGGGGGCAAAAAAAAAAAAAAGAACAACAACAUUCUGCCACAUUGGGGCUGUCAGGCCAUCGGUCUCGUUAUCUGCUAGGUAGUAGAUUUUUCUUGGACUGAGAAGAGAAGGCAUGCUGUAUAUGAACUGUAGUAGGCAGUGUUUGUUUUUAUCCUGUAGCGAGUUUUCCACAGCCCUGGGCUACAACUCAUAAAUAUGCAGCAUAUGUGUUGUUCGGUAGGAGUUGCUAUAGGUUAGGUAGAGUAAAUAUUUUGUAUUUUUCCACAGUGUCUUUUCCUUGGUUUGGAUUACCUGCAUUAAGUAUAAUGACUGUUGUUGCCAAGGCACACUUAACUCUGAACAAGAAAUCUUAACAAAGAAGAACUUGUGAUGACUGCUCUACCUACUUGAAUCCCUAGGCUUUGGGCUAUGGCACAUACUACAUUUGCAUCCAAACUAGCAGCAACUCAGAAUGAAAUCUUUUUCAGCAAGGAAGAUCUCUUAGUGCAUUAGGCGUCUAUAGAGAUUUGUAUGUACCUUGCAUUAUGUACUUGAGUCUCCUGGUUUUAUUAUUUUUCCCCUUCCCUUUUGUUCUCAUUCUUGGCGAAGAAUAAUGCAUUAAAUUGACUCUUGGUCUUAA